AGCAUCUGAGGACUUCCAGGAUUCCAAGCAGGAGCAGAGAAGCCAAGGCUGCCGGGGGCUUGAAAAGAGGGGAACCGGGGCCAGUCUUUCAUCCACCACCUCCUCCCUCACUCCUCCUCCUCCUCCGCUGCUGCUUCACUUUCUCUCUGAAGGACAGCUCUGAAUGAACCCUCCUGCUAUCAGUGGGUGAGUGUGGCUGAAUGGACGCUGAAAGGAAAGACAUAAAAGAGUAGGAUUGUGUGUGGAAACGGGAGAAAGAGAAGUGGGGGUGAUUGAGAGGAAUACGACUUGUGUGAUGGUCUCUGACGCCACAUCAAAAUGGGAAGGAUGAGCGGAGCUCAGCUGAGCUGAAAACUGUAUUCCUGUCAUUCCUCAGGAGAGAGGAAAGGCAAAAUUGCAUGCACUUUCUACCACUGACCAGGGGAAAGGUGAGAGUGAGACAGCGUGCCAGAGAUCACUAUCUUAUGAAGUGUAUUUCCACGGGGACUGGUGGGAUUCAAUUUGGUGAGCGUGUUCAAUUGUAUCUGUUCUUCUUGGUCUCUCUUUGUCUUUGCUGUCUGUAAUUGAUUUUGUGUAGUAAACCAUAGCUUGAACAUCAAGAUAUGUGUUUGAGAAAAUUGAACAUGGGGGAGAGGAAAAAUUACAGGAAGAGAGACAUUACCAGAUAAACAGAGAAAUUGCUCUCCUUCCUGUCUUUCCAGGUGUUGUCUCUUUUGGCUGCGCCUCAAAGGGUCAAGUUCUCCUCUUUUAUUCUCUUCCAAUUCUUCCUGGAGCAAAAGACAUGGAAUUUACCUUCUCUGAUGGCUUUUGAAAAAAUGCUAACAACUGGAUUCCACUCGUAAUUGAAGGAAACUAGAUUGAGACCCAUCUUUAUCCAGCCAUUUAACAAAAUGGGUGAGAAAUGUCUCUCUGACCCGGAGGAAAGGAUGCGUCAUUCCGUCUGACGCCCCUCGGGGAUUACGUGUGAAACGUUCAUCAUAACACGUAUUAUCCAGUUCAAGGACAACUAAAGUUGGAAUAUUUUAGCUUUUGGUUAGACUUUUUAUUUUUACUCCGAACACAAGAAAAAAAAAACAUUGCAGAUCUAAAACAAAUAAGCUCUUAGCAAGAAAAGCAUCUUUGGGAGUUUCCUUUUUCUUCCUGGAUUGGAUUUUGCGUGGCUUGUGCAAUUCUCCUUGCCAUGUCUUCAUCGACGAGAAGAAUUCUGCAUCAUAGACAACUGCUUUGCAUUCAAAGUUACACCUAAGGACUCGCACAUGCACACUGAACACAUGUUAGGGUGAAAAUGAGCCCCGCUUCUUGCACAUUUUGCUUUUCAUCCUGGUGUUUGGUGUGUGUUCUUGGAUCUAACAGCCUAAGCAUCCUUCAAUGAUUCUGGCACCUUCCGUUCCAUUCGCGUCUGUCCUGAGAUGCCCCACCGUACACAGCAAGAGGAGGCUUGACCCCAGACCCAGCGAGGUCUCUCGGCUGCCCAGGCGUAUUUAAGAUGUUGAACCCUUCCCACGUGGCCCGAGCCCCAGAUCGGAUCAGUAGCACUGCGGCUCCUGGAGGCCUCAGACAUGGAUCGUGGCUCGGCUCGCCCCUGCCCUCAGCGCUCCACACCCCGGCCCGUGAGCAGCCUGUGAAGGAUGUCCCAGAGCGGAGCUCCAGCCCGGGAACCCUCUGAGACCCCCAGUCAGAGAGAACAGAUCCGCAGCCACAUGAAGAUGGUGAUUGGGCAGCUGGAAGGAAUCCUCAAGGAGCUGAAAGAUGUGGCACAUGAACUGCGGGAGGUGGUGGGUCAGAUCGACAAACUCACAUCAGAUAUCGACUUCGACCUGGAGCCUGAUGACUGGACGGUGGCGACAGCGAGCAGCACGUCGAGCAGCGAGCGUGGCUUGGGUGAGGCUUUCAGACUGGACUUCCUCGGCCAGGACAUGCUCUCCGACUGCUGGGACUUCUGCAACUUCCUAGAGGCCUCCAACCGGAAAGCACAGCGAGAGGAGACGGAUGAGGGCCUUGGGAGGCCAUCAUCGUCCACAGCCAGCGUGUACUCACAGAUGAACGGGGGCCUCCCCAUCCCCAACGGGCCCCUAAUCAUCACCCCAGACUCCUCCAGCGAGGAGGCAUCCAGCUCCACUCACAGCCAGAAAACCAGAGAACGUGUUCGCUUUAGCGACAAGAUCCUCUACCACGCUUUGUGCUGCGAUGACGAUGAAGACGAGGAAGAGGAUGGUGGCGCCGAGGAGGACGAUAAAGGGGACUGUGGGACCCCAGAUACAGACAGCGAGCACAGUCCUCUGACUCGUUUGCCCGCUGAACAUCCGCCAGGCGUCUACAACUGUCGAGAAACGGCGUCUGCGGGGCCCUCUCCUGUGAAGAUGCCAGUGAUGAGCUCUCACACUUUACCCAGGAAAGGUCUUCUCAAUCCCAAAAAACUGCUACGGAACAGCAGCACACAGACGGUUUCGGAUAAGAGCACUCAGACUGUACUGCCCUACGUCCCCGCCAAACAGAAAAACAAGGACCUCUGAGAGAACACUCGAAUUUACAUAUACAAAACACCAACGGACUGAGACAGGAUUACAAAGAACUGUAUACUAUUUAAUAUUAAAUACAUAGAUAAUAGAUAAAAAUAAAUAAAUAAAUGAAUCAUUCAAUAAAUUAUAUAUGGGAAAAUUUCAA